AUGGUGAUUAGAGUCGCAUUAUUAGGGGCAGGGCAUUUUAUCCAAGAUGGUAUGAACUCCUACUCGAAGCCUCUCAAAGAUAUGCUUCUUAAUGAUCUCCAUACAGAGCACCUUCCCGCAGUCAAAAGCUGCUCGAAAAUGAGUCUCAAGGCAAUAUUCUCGCGCUCCGAGAGUUCAGCAGUGGCCUUGGCCAGUCUUGAAGGCGUAGAUGCAUACUGGUCGUCACCAAUAGCUCCAUCACGUUCCCUCGAAGCCCUUCUUGCACGGGACGACAUCGACGCGGUUAUUAUUGCUUUGCCCAUCAUGAUCCAGCCAGAUGUGAUUAGGCAGGCAAUUGAAGCCGGAAAGCAUGUUCUGAGCGAAAAGCCAAUCGCCAGUAAUGUUGACGACGCCCUUAGCUUGAUGGUGUGGUACCACGCUGCCGAUAGGAAGGAGGUCUGGAGUGUGGGGGAAAACUUCCGCUUCAUGGACACAAUGGUUCUAGCAGCAAAUAACCUCCGCGCUCUGAAUGGCCGCCUACUGAGCUUUUCAUUGAGCUUCUAUCAUAUGAUGAGAGAAGAUGAUAAAUUUUAUAACACAGAUUGGCGCAAAAACCCGCUCCAUCAGGGUGGAUUUGUUCUCGAUGGAGGUAUUCAUUUCGUAGCCGCAUUACGUCUACUUCUUGCUGCAGCUGGAGACGAGAUAUCUACCAUAGCGGCCAUCACAUCACUCUCCCAGCCAAGACUCGCACCUUUAGAUACUCUAAGUGCAGUCGUCGCGACCAAGGGAGGUGGUUGCGGUACAAUCAGUAUGAGUUUCGGAGUCGAUACCUGUCCGAAAAACUUGGAGAUCCUCAUGGUGACGGAAAAUGGUACAGUGUCUGUUGCCUUUGACACUGUCAAGGUUACAACUAUAGAACUUGCUCAACAAAAGACUCAUGAGCUCUCUUCUACAUUCGAUAUGGGAGUCAAGAAUGAGGUAGAAGCCUUCGCGUCGGGCUUGAUCAAUGGAGUCUCAAAUGAGCAGCAGUCUAUUGACCAGGCCUUUGAGGAUCUCAAGCUCAUGGAUCGUAUGCUUAGAUCUGCCGGAGAGAAAAUAACUUGGUAG